GGCAGAGUCAAAAGUAACCAGGAAGUCCCGUCUUCGGAGUGCGAAAUGGAACUCCAACCCAACCCUCUGGAGGCGCUAAGGAGCUCCUCCCAUUCCCUCAGGUUCUGGUAACGCACACUCCGGAAGUGGCUGGAACGAGUUCUGAUUGACAGCGCUCGGGCGACACCAAAGAGCCGGACUCGUAUCAGCUGUAAAAACUGGCGGUUCCUUCAGUUGGAAGAAUGGCUCGUGUCUUUGUCUAUGGAACCCUUAAGAAAGGCCAGCCAAACUACCCGUACAUGAUAAAUUGUAUGCAUGGGGCAGUCAGAUUUCAGGGCAGGGGACUCACAGUGGAGAAAUACCCCCUGGUGAUUGCUGGGAAAUACAACAUUCCUUAUUUGCUGAAUAUCCCAGGAAUGGGACACCGUGUCACUGGUGAGAUUUAUGCUGUUGAUGACCAGAUGUUGCAAUUCCUUGAUGAGUUUGAAAAUUGCCCAGACAUGUAUCAGCGUACUCCAAUGAGAAUUGAAGUAGUUCAGUGGAAAGGUAAAAGUAGUCCACCUGAAGUGACACCAGCUGUAAACAGCAUCCUGGAAUGUUAUGUGUAUAGCACCACUACUUAUCAGCCCGAGUGGAUAAAUCUCCCUUACUAUGACAACUACGAUUCCUUUGGGAAACACAGGCUUCCAUAUGUACUACGGGAAAGCAGAGAUUAACACUGGAAAAUAAAAGCCUACUUCAAGAUACUAUGUCCAUACUUAUGAAGAAGCUGAAUAAAAUCUGUAGCAUUUUAUACUGAAAGGAAGCAAUAACACUUCUGACCAGAAUAUAGUAGAUUUAAAACCAAUAUUUUAUAGUGCAAUCAGGUUUGCAAACUUGCCUAGUCAGCAUGCAAGAUCAAUGGAUAACAUGCCUUUAAUUCUAAUGCUGUAGUUCUCAGUUCAAAACUUCAUCAAGAGGAAAAACACUGUUUUGCAAAGUUAAGAUGAAAUAUUGCACUGUUUUUUUAGCAGUGUACUGGGGGAGAAAAAACUUCUGACUACAAAGUUUUUGAAUUACUGUACAACCUUUUUAUAAGCAUGAAAAUGGCUCUAGUAAGGCAUCCAUUAAUCAAGAAAUGGGAGACAAAUGAGUUCACUGAAGAAAUUCUUUUUGCUGAUGCCCUCAAACUCCAGUCCACUGGAUUUCAGUUGUUCUAAGUGGGUAGCAUGGAGCAAAAACGAUCACAGCGUCAGGCUCUCAUGGUAUGUGGCAUUGUUUUGGAGUGGCAAGCUGAGCAUUGCUCUAGAACACCAAAUUAAAAAAUAAGAGCAGCCCUGCUGGAUCAGAUAAAAGGCCUAUCUAGGCCAGCAUGCUGUUUUUCACAGUGGUCAGCCAAAUGCUUACAAGAAGCCCACAAGCAGAUCAUGAAGGCAAUGGAUCUCUCCUUCUGUUCCAGCAAGUGGUAUUAAGACGCCUGGUACCUCUGAUCCUGGAGAGAGUGUAUAUCACUAUCAUGAUUAGGAGCCAUUUCCCAACAUAAAACCAAUGUCACCUUACAAUAAUUGAUUUUGAGUUUCAGUGUCCCAAAAUAAAAUAUCAUACAGGAUGAAAUUACAAUGUACCAUUUGUAAAUCAGUAAUAUGAGAGCAUUGGUCAGGGGUCUGAUUACUUUUGCAAGGCACUGUAUAUAGCAAGUAAAAAUGGAUGCUUUUGUCAUUUUUCUUUUCAAAAAGGCACCUAAACAUAAUAUCUUACACACUGACUAAUAUACAAUUUGUGAGUUUUUGAGUUGCACAGAGUAAAUCCUUACUCAGGCUGCAAUCCUAACCCUACUUACCAGGUAGUAAGCCCAACUCAAUUCAAUUGGACUUAAUUCUGAGUAGCCAUGGUUAGGACUGUGCUGUUAGACUGGAUGUUCAAGUAAGAAAAUAGCUAUUUCUGGACCUGGGCAUGUUGUGCAACUUCGUAUCCAUCUUUGUAUGUAGACUGUUCAGUCUUAAAAAGGAUAAAAUGUAUACUCACAGAUUCAUUGGGUUAAGGCUACAUUAUGUGCCACAACUUUUAAUAGUUCACAUCAAGGCUCCUUAAAGAAUCUGCUGAAGUUGAAAUUAUUAUAACGAGUUAGUAGCAUUUCUAUCUUGAGUACUCUUCAGAAAUUGUAUGAUCAUUGGAAGGCAGAAUCCAAGGGAUAACCACCCCCUAAAACAUUAAUUUUGAAAACAUACUAUAUACUAAGGAUUUAUAUUUAUUUUGUUAUUUUUAGUUGUUUUGUUUUAACAUUUUAUUGUAAUAUGCUUUCGGAAGGGGCUUGCCCUAAAAGUUGAGGUAGAAAUAGAUCAAAUAAAUAAAUAUUAAAUCAAUAAGCCAUAUAGGGCUUGAUACCCAGUGCUUUAGGCCAGAUCAAUAGAUGCAGCACAUUGAAGUGGUAGAGUCUUGAGGGGAUGGAAUGGACUUUACCAUUUCAGACUUCAUGUAAGGAUACAAUUUUUUAAAGCUCUGAUACAAAAAAACCACACACACAACCACAGCUGCAAAUAGAAAACUCCCUGCUGUGCUAAUAUUCCUUGCAGGGAAUUUUUACAUAGGGGAGGAUCCACAAACAUCAUCUCUUGCUUGCAGGUUGCACUGGUACAUCCAGUGUUUAAUUAAAGUGCCCAAGUUAUGAAGGUUUAAAUGACAUAUUCAGUUUAUAUGUCAAAGUGUUUUUAUUAAUUUAUUUGAUAUCAGGAGAACUGCAGAAAAGAGUUACAAAUCUCAUAUGUACAGGUAUUUAUAAAAGGAGUGAAAUAUGAGACUAGAGGCAAUUUUAAUUUAAGAAUUGGCAGGGUCAGCCAUAUGGGCCCUUGGCUCUUGCUCAAGAUUGAUUGUAAAAAAAAAAAGGUGUCUCAGCAACACUUGAGUAUACAUAAUUCUCUUGCUACCUUAAUGUUCAUUUGAAUGUGUGGAGGAACAUAAAGAGAUGCUAGUCCAAUUGUGGCAAGGUAUGAAAGUAAUGGUUUCAUUCUAGUUCCACCAGCUCAUCUCCUUCCCCAACAGUUUCACCAGCUUUGCAGUGCACAGCUUUCACCUGCAGCACAAAGGAAGAAAUAAUCAAACAUUGUGAAAACAAAGCCAAGCAACAUUUUUUUAAUUGCAAUUGGCUGGGUAAAGAAAGUAAUUGAUCUCCUACUGGGAGAAAGGGCAGGAUAUAAAUCUAAUAAAGAAUAAUAAAUAAGAAGUGGUGGAUUUCUGUUUAAAAGGCCCUAGAAACACAUGAAAUAACUGAAAUCUAAAAUGCAUCUUUUGGAACACAAUCAGACACAUUGCCCAAGUUUUUAACUGCUUCCACUCCUAUCCAAAACACUAAAUAAAGGUUUGUCUCAAUGUAUGUGUGUUUUAACAGCUGUAUAUCCCAUACCUUUAAGCAGCUACAUAUAAAGCAGGUAGUAUUUGUUUUAAAAAAGAUGAUUUUGGUAAAUAUCAAAUAGUUUUUGCAUCCGUAGCCCCAAGAGUAAUGGUGUGCUUGAAGCCGGUUUUGACAUUGCUUGUCCUUGCUGCAAUUGCUUUGCAUUUUUACUAUAAAUCAUCCCUACUGCCAAAAGCCAUAACUAAAAUCACAAAAUCACAAACAGAAAGGUAGAGGCUUAUAGCCCAAUUCUCUUUAAAUGGCUAACACAGUGCUUAUAUAAGACAAGACUUUUGGUCCAUGUAGAGAUGUCUGUACAAUACCUACGUAUAUCUGAGUGGCUACAUGGAACACAAGAGGAUUGUGUCUCCCUCCUCCAGAGGGGAGGCAGUUAUAACAUUUGUGUAACUGUUUUUGAAGGAAUGAGUUCUAACAUUCAAAUUCAAAUACACUACAUAGCAACCCAGGCCAUUUCUAGAUAAAUAGCCUACCAUGAACUGUUUUGUAUCACAUAUAUUUUCACAAGUUCCUGAAAACAUGAACUACUACUAGCACAGAUUAAUCUCACUGAUAUGAAGAACAGGUUGCUUAACUGUAACUGUAGUUCUUCCAGUUUGCCAUCUAUGCAGACACACACGUGAGACCAACAUACAAAUAUGCAUCAGUAUCACUUUGAGCAUUAAAUGUCUUUGCAGAAUGACAACUGUGAGGAACAGCGAAGGCAUACUGCCAAGCCCCAUGAGUUGGAAGAUCAAGUUCUGAAGUGGGGAGCCUCCUGUACUCAUGGAGGCUCCCCACAUCAUUUAGAACCCUGAUUACAUGUAGACAUUAUUGAAUGUCUGCAUAGGGCACAGAUUACAGAGAAUCUGUGGUGAGAAUAUCCUUUUCUGAAAAAGCAAAGAUCAUAUUUGUAAAUAUUUUGCAGUAUCAUAACUACAACCUAAAGAGCCUUGUGACUACCUCUGCAUAUACACUGGGUCAAAGCACUUUCAAAAACUUGGCACAGGGAGGGGCAGAUAACUGCUAUUCAUUGUUUUUUUUAUUUUUCCCUGCCAAAGAGAGCCACUGUUUGAGUGUAAAGUUUUUGCCAUAUGCUCUGUAUUGUAGUCCAUAAGUCCAAUUGUGUAUGACCAAUUUUGGGAGUUUGAAUUCUGAUGUCUAAGGCCACAAUCCAGCACAAUCACACUUUACUCAAAGUGUAUCUAACUGUACUGGAUUAUAGCCUAGGCCCAAAUUUGAAGCUAAGAGUUGCAGGCAAGACAAUCGUUUUGAACAUUGGAUAAAUAUUUAUGAAUUCAAAGCUUGUGUGUCACCACUCUGUUUCAGAAUAGUAUAAUGAGGUUCAAGACUGAUGCCGAUGUUAAAUAUUUAUGAAGACUAAUUACAUCUUUUUUAAAAAAAUGAAGGUUGUAUUCAAUUGACAAGUGCCAUAAGAUUUCCCGCAGUAUAACUAGAGGUACCUUGCCAGUUUUAGCAGCAACCAAACUGUUCUGCAUCUUCAUAGCUUCAAUCACACAGACCUCCUGACCUUCUACAACCUGGUAAAAGCAAAAAAAA